UUCAUGAUAAUUUAUUUUUACAUAUCGUUUAGUAGUUAUUUUAGUAAUGUGAUCUCAACUAUGACAUGUCACUGUAAUUAAUUAAAAAUCAACCGAUUAUCAAUCGAUAAUUUUGCACCUCCGAAACAACGUUCCCUAGCAACUAAUAAUCUUUACCAUCGACAAACAUUCUGCUACUCUCACUAAGAGUAAAAAUCUACACUAAUAACCGUUCUGUUGUAAUAACAAUACGGCGGGAUUUUGUCAUAAAACCGGACAAAUGGCUGAUGAACUCGAAAAAGCCUUUUUAUAUUACGAUGAUAUCAAUAAAAUCAGAGUUGUUGACAAUACCGUACUGAAAGAAACUGAAGACUUAAAAAAUAAUUGCAAAGAAUAUGAAACAAAAGUAGAAGAUUUCAGUAAACUUAUAACUUCAAUUCUUGCAACCAUGAGUGAACUAGGAGAAAACGUAGAAAAACAGAAAAUGGCUGCCAUUGGUGCUAUAAACUUGCUUAAAUCUGUUACCAAAGAAAGGGAAGAUGAGCAAGCCAAAUUACAAGCAGAAAUUACAUACAAAACCUCGGAGUUGGAGCAACUUGACAACGAAUAUGACGCACUGCAAAUUCUAGAAGCGACGCAAAACGAGACAAUUGAAUAUCUCACUCAAUUGAGAUAAUAUGUGGACAAUUAAAUAAUCUUAAAGGAAA